AAUGACUGAAUACGACAAGUUUGCCGAGCAGCUCCGUCAUCCGGAUAACCCAAUCGUUUUUCUAGAAGUUACCGCCGGUGGUGCACCAAUCGGAACUAUUGUUAUCGAGUUAUUUGCUGAUGUAACACCGAGAACUGCUGAAAACUUUCGUCAGUUCUGUACAGGAGAAUACAAAAAAGAUGGUGUCCCAAACGGAUACAAAAACUGCACAUUUCAUCGUGUGAUCAAGGACUUUAUGAUUCAGGGUGGCGACUUCUGCAACGGCGAUGGAACCGGUUUGAUGAGCAUCUAUGGUUCAAAGUUCCGUGACGAGAAUUUCGAGCUGAAGCACAUAGGACCAGGAAUGCUUUCGAUGGCUAACGCUGGCUCUGACACAAAUGGUUGUCAGUUUUUUAUCACUUGCGCAAAAACCGAUUUCCUUGACAACAAACAUGUAGUUUUUGGACGAGUACUCGAUGGAAUGCUGACGGUUCGGAAAAUCGAAAAUGUUCCAACUGGAGCCAAUAACAAGCCGAAACUUCCGAUUGUUGUUGUUCAAUGUGGCCAACUCUAAUUUUCACUGUAUUGUUAUUUUGAUCUCGUUUUGUUAUAUUCACAAUAAACUAUUAAUUACUU